AUGCGGCCUCUCGCCAGGCUGCUGUCCUCCUGCGGCGCCCUGAUCUCGCCGCGAUGGUCUCUGCGCUACCUGCUGGCGGCCUUCGUGCUCUGCUACCUGCUGCUCCUCCAGUACUGCAGAUCCCACAGCUUCCGCGACCCGACCUCCCUCUUCUUCGACGCCGGCCGCGGAUACGAGCCCAGGUACUCCCGCUUCAGGGCCGCAGAGGCUGCAAACUUCGUCCGGCACAUCGACGCCGUGGCUGCAGCCCGGAACGGCUCGAUCGACGGCGCCUCCCUGCCGCUGCCCGGGACGGGACCACCAGGGCUGCAGAAGACCAACGCCAGCCUCUGCGUCGGCAUCGCCUCGAUCGCCCGCGAGGGUGUCAGCUACAUCGAGGCCACCGUCGGGGCCCUGCUGAUGGACCUCAGCCCGCAGGAGCGGCAGGACAUCUACCUGAUCCUCUUCAUCCCGCACACGGACCCGUCCAUACACCCUUCGUACGCGAGCAACUGGCUCCCGGCCCUCGUGGAUAGGGUGCUAUAUUACGAUGUGGACAAGGAGACGCUGGACCAUCUGCGCAAACUCGAGCAAGACGGCGGCUUGUUCCGCGAGAAGGGCCUGUUCGACUAUUCGUAUCUGCUCAAGGCGUGUGCGGCCGUGGACACGCCGCAUGUGCUGAUGGUGGAGGACGACGUCCUGGCCAUGGACGGCUGGUAUCAUCGCACCAAGCAGGCUUUGGCAGCUGCAGGCCGGCAGACCAGGCAGCUGGGGGCAUCGAAGUAUUUAUAUCUGCGGCUGUUCUAUACUCAGGGCCUACUGGGAUGGAACAACGAGGAAUGGCUCGCCUACCUCGCCGGCUCCAUGCUGUUCAUCGCUGCCUUCUGGGUCAUCCUCGUCGCUAUACGACGCUGUCUCCCUCAUCCCAACCAUACCAGCCAUCCCGGCCAUGCCAACAGCCUCCUCUCAAACAAGGCCAUCCUGCUCAUCAGCCUUACCUGCGGGCCUCUCUUUAUCAUCCUCUUCUUCGCCUCGGGCCGUCUAACAGUCCUGCCCAUUCGGCCUGGCGUUCACCAAAUGCCACGCUUCGGCUGCUGUACUCAGGCACUCGCAUUCCCACACGAUCGGGUACCGGAUGUGGUGUCAUGGUACGAAUCGAAGAAGAUCGGAUUUGCUGAUUCCCUGCUGGAAGAGUAUGCGAAUGCCAAUGACGAGAUUAGAUGGGCCCUGACGCCCAGUGUCUUCCAGCAUGUUGGCGGGCGGAGCUCGAAGCAGGACGGCCCCGGCAGUGACGAAGUUGCCAAAGUCAUUUGGAACUCGGCGUUUGAGCUGAAUGACCCCGUUGCUCUGCAGACUGAGCAUGAGAACGCCGCUGAGCAUGCCCCUUUCUAG